AUCGUGCUCGAACAAAGCGAGCGAGAUUUCGUCUCCUCCGACAGCGGCAACACAGCCGCUCAUGAGCAUGAGCAUGGACAUCGACGACCGUCCGCUGAAGAAGAGACGCUUCUUUGCUGCUGGUGAAGGCCUGCACGACCAGACUUUAUUCGCCGAAGCAAGUCUGCCUGACGAGGUUGAAGGCCUGCACCACGAGACGCCGCCCACGACGAUCGACCACGACGACAAUGCUUUCGAUGCAGACACUUUCACCAGUAUCGUCGGAGACAAUGUGCCUCCGGAAGCAAUUCGUAGCCUCCAAGCAGCCCACGGGACCAAUUUGGAGCAGGCCAUCAACGCCUACUUCGACGGGUCGUGGAAGGCGACGGUACCUCCGAGAAAGAAAUCACCUGCUUCUUCUCAGCCGCCACAACGGAAGCUGAACGUGAAGCGUCAAGGAAGUAAUGCUAAUGGGGCUUCUUCAUCGACUUCGUUGCCGAAGAAGGCGAACCUGUCCGCAAUGCCUCAGAUGCGAUACAUUGGAGCUCUGGGAGUGGCGGGUUGGGCAACAAGAAGUGGUGUCUCGCUCAAGGCCGAUGAUGUGGUCAAGAUCCAGCGUGUGCGACAAGCGCCCAAGGUCAAACUUGGAAGAGGAGGCAAGACACAACAGGUGGCAAGACGGACAGAGGAUGUAAUUGUGCGGUUCACAGACCAGACUGGGACUGAAAUUGGACGUCUCGAGAAGGACUCCGCAUUGUGGAUUGGUGCAUUGAUCGAUCAAAAGGUCUGCCAGUUCGAGGGACACUGCGUCUUUGCUCCAGAGCGAAUCAAGACCAACGACACUGUUUACAUUCAGCUGCGAUGUUUCCUACUUCGUCCGAUCUUCGAGGCUGGGAGUUUUGUAAAACCGGCCGAUGACAAUCGGAAUACGGGAUUUCUGGAGACAGCGGAAACGACACAAGAGCGAGACCUGAGACUGCGGCAAAUAGGACUGGUAAAGCUUUUCUCGGAGAUCAACCUGCAACCAGCUUCAGUCAAUGAGCUCACAGCGAAACACAAGCGAGAGGGCAUCCUGCAAGCUGCGGAAGUCGCUGAACAGUACGAUCAAGAUGGUAGCAAGAAGAAGGAGGGUAGCGGAUCCAGUACGCCCUCUGAUGAUAGCGAGAAAGAGGAGGGUGAAGAGCUCGAGCAAGAUCAGCUCGAUUCGUUGUACAAGAAAGCGCAGUCUUUCGACUUCAAUACUCCUACAGCUGAGCCAGCGUCGACUUUCACCAUGGAUCUGCGCAAAUACCAGAAACAGGCGCUGUAUUGGAUGUUGCAGAAAGAGCAUCGCGAAAAGGAUGAGCAGAAAGAGCAAAGUAUGCAUCCGCUGUGGGAACAAUAUUCGUGGCCAAACAAGGAUGCCGACGACAAAGACCUGCCUGCUGUCGAAGGACAAGACAGCUUUUACGUCAACCCAUAUAGUGGCGAAAUGAGCCUCGACUUUCCCGUGCAAGAACAGACAUGCCUUGGAGGUAUCCUGGCGGACGAGAUGGGACUUGGUAAAACGAUUGAGAUGUUGUCACUUAUACACAGCCACAGAUCUCCGGAGCACGAAGGCAUUGUGCAUGAUGCCACCGAUGUCGAAGUCGACGCCAUCAGUAGUUUGAAGAGACAAUCGAUGACAUCGACGUCGGUCAAAAGGGCCCCGGCAACAACACUAGUGGUCGCACCAAUGUCGUUGCUUGCACAAUGGGCGAGUGAAGCAGAGAAGGCAUCCAAGACUGGCACCCUCAAAGUGCUUGUGUACUACGGCAGCGAGAAAGGAGCCAAUUUGCAGACGCUCUGCUGUGGGUCUGAUCUCACGUCGGCACCAAAUGUGAUCAUCACCAGCUACGGAGUCGUGCUAUCUGAGUUCAAUCAGGUUGCCAAUGCCGGUGGCAAUCGGACGGCAUCUGGCGGGCUUUUUGGCGUUGAGUACUGGAGAGUCAUCCUCGACGAAGCACACAUGAUCAAGAACCGACAAUCGAAGACUGCAAAGGCAUGUUAUGAAAUUGCAGCUACACAUCGAUGGGUAUUGACUGGAACACCGAUCGUGAACCGAUUGGAAGAUCUAUUUUCACUUGUGCGUUUCUUGCGAGUUGAGCCUUGGAGCAAUUUCAGCUUUUGGAAGACUUUCAUUACCACCCCUUUCGAGAAAGGCGACUUUGUCCGUGCGCUCGAUGUGGUGCAGACAGUACUGGAGCCGCUUGUGUUGAGACGCACAAAAGACAUGAAGACGCCAGAUGGACAAGCUUUGGUGCCUUUGCCACCAAAGCGAACUGUAGUGGAGAAGCUGAAGUUCUCUGAGCCCGAGAACGACGUAUACGAACAUAUCUACCACAGAGCAAAGAAGACAUUCAACGCUAAUGUGGAGGCCGGCACGUUGAUGAAGAGCUACACGACCAUCUUCGCCCAGAUUCUGAGACUGAGGCAAAGCUGCUGUCAUCCGGUGCUCACACGCAACAAAACAAUAGUAGCUGAGGAGGAGGAUGCCGCCGCCGCUGCCGACAUAGCCAAUGGCCUUGCUGACGACAUGGACUUGGGCGCGUUGAUUGAAAAGUUCGAGGCUGAAGAGGGCGAAACAGACGCCGCAAAAUUUGGUGCCCAUGUGCUCAAACAGAUCCAAGAUGAGUCCGAGACUGAAUGCCCGAUAUGCUUCGAAGAGCCAAUGGAAGACCAGGCUGUCACUGGUUGCUGGCACUCGGCUUGUAAGAAAUGCCUGAUGGACUACAUUGAGCAACAAGCAUCAAAAGGAGAACUGCCACGCUGCUUCAACUGCCGAGAACCUAUCAACGCGCGCGAUGUGUUCGAAGUUAUCAAGCACGAUGACGACGAUGAAGAGCACGAGAGUGACCUCUUAAAUGCAGCUAUAGAAGAUGAAGACGAUCUCUACACCAGCACACAAAGCAGAGCCGCUACAGAGAACAAGAGGAAGCCUCGGAUAUCUCUGCGGCGAGUCAACCAGCUCGCUUCUGCGAAGAUCUCAACGCUCACGACGACGCUCAAACGAUUGAAAAAGAAGGAGCCCACGACGAAGUCUGUUGUCUUCAGCCAAUUCACCUCCUUUCUGGAUCUCCUUGCCCCAGCUCUCACGGCCUCCAACAUUGCCUGGUUGCGCUUCGACGGUAGCAUGUCUCAAAAAGAAAGAGCAAAAGUACUUGCAGAGUUCGCAGAGCGACCAAAAUUCACAAUUUUGUUACUGUCAUUGAGAGCGGGUGGUGUCGGGCUCAAUCUGACCUGCGCGAGGAGAGUUUACAUGAUGGAUCCUUGGUGGAGCUUUGCAGUGGAAGCACAAGCUAUUGAUCGUGUACACCGCAUGGGUCAGACGGAAGAGGUGGAAGUGACCAGAUACGUGAUUGAAGGCACUAUUGAAGAGAAAAUGCUUAGAGUGCAGGAGAGGAAGAAGUUCAUUGCCAGCUCUCUUGGUAUGAUGAGUGAGGAGGAGAAGAAGAUGCAGCGAAUCGAGGAUAUUAGAGAGCUGUUGAGCUGAGGUGAGCAAAGCGAGCACGUCACGAGUGGAUGGUCAAGAGUACAGACUCCACCUCAGUCUGAGAAGGGGCCUGCAAACGCAAUGUCACUGUUCAAUCACGCCAUCUAAUAGCUUUAUAAUGCUUCGAUGUACCAUAUAUCAACACAAAUCCCAGGAGGCUGCUCUCUGGAAGUUCCUGAACUCCGUAUUGGUAAACGUCGCCGCGUCUCCC